UUUGGCCUUGACUUUAGAAUCGAGGGCUGGAGAUUAUUUUUGUCAUAGUUCUCGCUUGAUAAGGAAAUUUUAUUUAGGCAUAUCAUUAAAAGAAUUAAUUAGAAAAUUGUAAGAGAAAACCAUUACGAGUUUUAUCAUCAUAUUUUAUACGAAUCGCACGGGUAACGUUAAAACUCAUCGAUGACCUUUGACCUGUGAAUAGGUUUCGAUUUUGGCUGGAAAAAAUCUAAAUAAUUCCCAAUUUCAACCAAUAAGCCAUUAUUUUCUGCUAAAUAAGGGAUGGAGUUGCCAAAAAUUAUGAUCUAUAUCCUGCGGGUACUGUUCAUCAUUGUCAAUAACUUUUAUUGCAUUCCAACAUAUAUGCUAUGGAUCCUUACCUUUCAACCACUACGGUAUCUCCAGCCGUCGUUGUAUUGGCUAAUAGAGGGCACUAUGUAUAAAUGGCUGCUGACGAUGGUCGGAUACUGGGGUUGGAUGUGCGGUCAUAGAAUUAUUGAGUACGGAGACGACAUCACGAAGUGUCUUGACAGAGAGACGUUGAUGCUAGUGAAUCACCAGAGUACGUGUGAUGUCCCGGCACUGAUGUAUGCGUUGAUAGACAAGGGGUCGGUCAUCAAUGAUAAAUUGUGGAUCAUUGACCGAGAUUUCAAAUAUUCAAAUUUCGGAUGGAUUUCUCAGUGUCACCGAGAUUUCUUCAUUGCACAGGGUAAGAAAAACAGCAGAGGUGACCAAUCAAAACAGUUAUCAGAUCACAUCGUGGAUCACUAUUGGCCCCUGAAAAGGAAAUGGAUUACAUUGUAUCCAGAGGGAGGGUUCCUGUACAAGAGAAGAGCUAGGAGUCAGAGAUAUGCACAAGAGCGUAACCUGCCAGUACUGGAGCAUGUAACUCUACCGCGGGUUGGCUGCCUGCACACCCUCCUUAACUUGCUAUCACCAAACUUAGAGACCAGGAAAGGGCCUAACCCUGAACUGUCAAAUUCCAUGAAACCUUCCCUGAAGUAUAUCAUUGAUCUUACGUUUGCUUACCCAAAUGGUAAAGCCUUGAACUUUGCUGAUUUUGCCAUCGGAACAGGGCGAUCUAUUGACUUUGCAUUACACUACAGAGUCUACCCUGCUAACGAAAUUCCGCUCGACAAUGAAGGACUCACAAAGUGGAUGUAUGAUCGUUAUGUCGAAAAGGAGGCUCUUCUUGAUGCGUAUUAUAAUACUGGAAAAUAUCCUAAAAUUCCACCGGGCCAUGAACAAAAUAAAGUUUUAGAAAGUCCACGGCAGGUUCUAGUAGAUGAGCGAUGGAUAUUCACUCUACAUCUUUUGUUCAUCUUCUCGUCUGCUGUGCACUAUGCUGCAUUUAGAUACUUUUUCUCUUUUAUAUUUUAAUGUUUAUUGCCAAAGAAUCUUUGAAGGUGAUUUCCAUCAUGCCAUGUUCUUCCAAGUGAAGCUGUUUUUGCCAUUUGUACUUGUGCGCUGUAGUUAAAGACUAAAGUCUGCUCUAAAACUGACAUGCAUCUGGUCGUAAUUUAAGUGUGAUUUUCAUUCAAUUCCACAGCGCCGUUAAACGCUAAUCAAAACUACUUUUUCUCAAGGACGAAAUUUGUCAGCCUAAGAAGUAUCUUUCAAGGGAUUCUGCUGUAACUGGCCUACUAUACUUUCCAUGAUCUUGGGGCAUUCCGCACUCUGUUUUACAGAAAUAUUGCAACAUAUUAUGAAUGUAGAAGUAACGAAGUGAGCGACUGGUUUUUGGUACACUGAAUAUUUAAGUUUUCCAUUUGGCCCAAAUGUUGGUAAUGCUGUGGUAUGGUUAACUUCAAAUGUUGGUAUAUGGCACAUAACGCGUUAAUAGGAUUGUCCUUUAAGGCAAAUCGAGUGCAAUAUAUCCCUUGGUGUAUAAUUCCAGCUGGCUACCAAAUUUAUAGUCUAAAGUCUGGGUACUGAUGCAAUGAUAAGUGUCAUAGUUCGGCACUACAAAUACACUUAAAAGUAUUAUUAUUGUGUGCUUAUUUUUGAGUCUGAAGCAGUGUUUGCACAAACUUAAGAUAAAAUUCACUGCUAGAAGUCUUACAUGUAUGUUUCAUAAAGACGUAUUAUUUUAUUUUGCUGGUCAAUGUCUGCUACUUUCUGUUUUAAAUUUGCAAUUAUGUUAAGCUUCUGAAAUGUGUGUAACUUGCUUUAAUACACCCAAAAAGUGUAAAAUUAACCAGCACCCCAAGAUUUUUGUGUUUGUAUUUUAAUAAAUAUAAUGUGAACAAUAAGCUAAGGAAAGGCCGUUUUAACCCAAAACCGUCAGAUCCCCUUUAAGUUGGGGCCAGGGCAAUACCUAAUAAUAUUAAAAAUCCCUGGUGUAAGAUUGCACCAGUAAUAAUUGAAGUGAUUGGUUUCUGAAAUGUUUACUAAACCAGCUUGCUGAUUUACCCUUAUACAGUGGUCGUCAACUCCUAAAGGUCAACAGUAGCAUUUCCUCUUUCUAGUCGUGUAGAUUUCCAUAGCCAAAAGUUGUUCAAAUUUAAAGUUAAAAAUAAUGCAUUUAGUUCAAUAGUAUAUAUAGUUCACAGUGCUUCAACAUGUGUAACUCAAUGAAAGCUAUUACUAGAAAUAUUGAUCAAUAUCGCUGCCAAGUUUACUCUUGGGGCCUGGCCAACAGCAUACUAAAGAUCAAUUGAUAUUAUCCUUUGUCAGAAUUCCAACUUUUAAUGGCACAUGAUAUCACAUAGUCAUUAUUCGAAUAGAAUAUUCCUCAUUUUCUGUACGUUUGUAACUUUCACAGACAAUCACAACUAUUGAUGGAUGCAGCAGGUGCAUGCUAGCAGAUUUAAUGCAUACACAAGAUGUACAGUCAUUCAGAAGUUUAAUCAAUCCGAAUGCAUUGAAGCACAUAUAUACAUUCAGUGAAAUGUUAUGGUGAGGUGUAAGAGAAAACUCCGCUUAGUAUGAUAUGAACAAUGACUAUUUUAUUGUUUGCUUUGUAAAAAAAUGCACAUUUUAACUUAUGAGUUUAUACAGGGUGUAUCGAGACAACAUACCAGAUUCGUUUGCCAGCACAAAAUGGCAGUUAAUCUUUUAAAACUGGGUUGCAUGAUGGCCUUGACGUGGCUUGAUCGACCUAGUGAGAAAAAUCAAUGAAAAGAACAACCGCUUUGAAGUGACAAUCGAGACAUCGGGGUUGCCUGAAUGUAUUCAAGAUUGAGGUUCGAUUGGGUAUGCUUCGAUGCACUGAGAGACAGUAUAGUCACUCAGUUAUACAAUUUUUAAAUACAGUAGGACCUCUCUAUUAACGACACCCUUGGGACUGACAAAUGCUGUCCUUAAUAGAGAGGUGUCCUGAUAAGAGAGGUCGAAAUUAAUGGAAACAACCAAUUUGGGACCAAAACUAGUGUCCUUAAUAGAGAGGUUGUCCUUUAUAGAGAGGUGUCCGCUAAGGGAGGUUCCACUGUACAUGCGAAAUUGAAUGUAUUUUCUCCUUCAGUUUAAAAAUAAUGGAGUGCCAGGUGGCUGUUAUAUUUUUUUCAUGUAUAAGGGAAAAAUUGUCUCUCCUCAAAGAUGAUAUUUGUGUGAUCUACAUGUUUUGAACUCUCCUCCGCUUGGACUUUUAACGCUCCCUACUUUUCUCUUGAAUGUCAUAUCUUGCCUCAAAUCUAAUACUGUAUGUAUACUGGUGUUUCAUUUUCAUGGCUUUAAAGGGAUAAUAUAGGCAGCAGCUAGGCAGGCAAGAUAAAGUACAUGAAGUCGCCAAUAGGCUCACAGUAUGUCAAAAUGAUUCACGUUUGUACGAGGAAUACACUUAGUGCUGAGUCUGACAUGAACAAGGGCCCUUAUUGUGUAUGUUAGUCACAUGAAGAUGGCCAAAUUAGCCCCUCUGCUCCUGCCUAUAGUCCCCCUUUAAUAAUGAAUAAUUUCAAUUCAUGAAAAAGAAGACGCAAGAUUUUGCGGUAUACAGUCCAUUUUCUAGCGGCACUUUAUCUUAUUCUGCCAAAUGAUGAGAUCUUUGUUGAAAUUAUUAGUAUGCAACGAAGUGUGCUAAUUUAUAUUCCAAUCUUUUUACAUGAAUAUGUAUAAUUUGCACAAUUCUAAUAGGCUUUUAACUUUUGUUUGUUAAUUUUUUUUCAGCGUGGUGCUAAUGAAAAACAAAGCAUAGUUAUUAGUUAACUAAUGCAUAUUAAUGCAUUUUGAUAACAAUGCCCACAGUAGUAUUUUGAUGACCGAGUUUCAAUCAUAUAUCUACAUUGUAGUUUUGUCAUUUAAGUUAAUCAAGUUCGCACAACCAACUGAAUUAGAAAAAUGAUAAAUGUGGAUUUUUUUGUGAUAAAAUGAUUUUAAAAAAGUGAUUUAAAUCUCUCAUUUGUUUUCAAAUCCUGAGGCCACUUGCGCACAUUGUACUCUUUAUGAGGCCACUUGGUGUCCAAUGUAAUUGUUUUGAUGCAUACUUGUACACCUGGUACUGAUGAAUUUAGAAGUGACGUAGUUGGGAAGGGCCUUUAACUUAUUCUGUCAUUUACAAAUCAGUGUCAUGGACACUUGAACUAGAGAGGUAAAGGUACAUGUAGUUUUGAGUGAGGAUUUUGUUUGCUAAUGUAGUGCAUGUGUUUAGUUGAACAUGUUCUUCCUCGGGCAAUAUUAUGUGGCCCACUUGUGAGUGUGAAUUGAACAGUAUUGCCCAAUGGUUGCGAGAACAUUCGAACAAAUGUGAACAUUAUUGUUAAGAAAGUAUAUUGAGAAACCAGGGGUAUCGGGCUUUUAUGAGUUUAGCCCACCAUUUACGCCGUAUCAUCAACGGAUGCCCCCAGAUCGUGACUUUAUUUGACUGGAACUGUGCAAUUUCAUGCGCCCUUACUAUCUAUAUAUGGACCAAUUAUAAAAUAUGCAUUUUGUGACUUUGUGAUGUACAUGUAGCUACUGAUUUUUCACUUUGUUUUUAUUUCACAUUAAU